GUGAAAGGCUUUUUACUUUUCUAGGUUUAAAAAAAGAAAAGACAAGGCUGCGGCGCGCGUGCCAGCCGAGAGCGGUCUGCGGUGACCCGUGGGGACGCGGUGGGCACACCCCGCCGGCCGGGACCCCCCCGCCCCGGUCCGCUUCCCCGGGUUGCCGCGAGCCACGGGCUGGAUGCGUUUCUCCCCGCGCGCGGGUAGCGCGCUGGACGGUCGAAGCCCAGCAGGGAAGCUCCGCUCGCCUCCGUUCGGGUCGGGGCCCUUUAAACGGAAGCCGACUUGACCGUGCGUGAUGAAGACCCCCGAGACCUUGGAGGAGCCCAGCGCCCCGCCGAACCCUGGCGGGACCCCCGGGGAGAGGUUCGUUUAUCUGGAAGCGCUCCUGGAGGGAGGGGCUCCCUGGGGCUUCACCCUGAAAGGCGGUCUGGAGCACGGUGAACCGCUCAUCAUCUCCAAGAUUGAAGAAGGAGGCAAAGCUGAUUCGGUGAGCUCCGGGCUGCAAGCCGGGGAUGAAGUCGUGCACAUCAACGAGAUGGCCCUGAGCAGCUCCAGGAGGGAGGCCGUCUCCCUGGUGAAAGGCUCCUACAAGACCCUCCGGCUGGUGGUGCGCAGAGAUGCUUGUGCAGAGCCGGGCCAUGCGGAUCCUGGUGCCUCUAACUCCCUCAGCUCAGAGCUGCUCAACUGCGGUCCCCAGCAUCGGAAAGCAACAUGGUCAGGAGGCGUGAAACUUCGGCUAAAGCAGAGGUGCAGUGAACCUGCCGCUCGCCCUCACUCGUGGCACACCACCAAACUUGGGGAGAACCAGCCUGAUGCCAGCAUGAUGCAGAUAUCUCAGGGCACAAUGGGCCCUCCCUGGCACCAAAGCUACCAUUCCAGCUCUUCCACAAGCGACCUCUCCAACUACGAGCAUGCUUAUCUGAGGCGGAGCCCUGACCAGUGCAGCUCGCAGGGGAGCAUGGAAAGCCUGGAGCCUAGCGGCGGAUACCCACACUGCCACCUCCUCUCCCCGGCCAAGUCCACGAGCAGCAUCGACCAGCUCGGCCACCUCCACAACAAAAGAGACUCUGCCUACAGCUCCUUCUCCACCAGUUCCAGCAUCCUCGAGUACCCGCCCCCUGCCGGCUCCGGCAGAGAACGGUCAGGCUCCGUGGACAUGAUCUCCGCCAGAGGAGGCCUCCUGGAAGGGAUGAGGCAGGCAGACAUUCGCUAUGUCAAGACAGUCUACGAUACCCGGAGGGGAGUGUCCUCAGAGUAUGAGGUGAACCCUUCAGCCUUGCUCCUUCCAGGCAGGGAUGCCCACAUGCCCGCAGAUAGUCAGGGCUGUGCUAAAUGGCAUAGCGUUCCUCGGGGCAAGGGAGCGCCACCCUCAACUUGGGGCCAGCAGUGCUCCGGUUCCCUGGAGACCUCCACUGACAACCUGCCCCAUAAAGUGGGCGCACCCAUGCCCCCCACUCGGAGUGACAGUUAUGCUGCCUUCCGGCACCGUGAGCGCCCCAGCUCCUGGUCCAGCCUUGAUCAGAAAAGGCUGUGCCGGCCUCAGACGAGCUCUUCCGGCUCCCUGAAAGCCCCGUUCAUCGAGGAACAGCUGCAUACCGUCCCAGAGAGGAGUCCAGAGAACAGCCCCCCAGUGAAGCCCAAGCAUCCGUACACUCAGAAGACGCAGCCGGGCCAACCUCUCCUGGCCACUGGCAUCUAUCCAGUGCCGUCUCCGGAGCCUCACUUUGCCCAGGUGCCCCAGCCCUCCGUGGGUAGCAAUGGUACAGUCUACCCCGCCCUGGUCAAAGAGAGCAGCUACACAGCUGCCCAGGAAGCUUGCAACAAGAUGGCUGCCUUAGAUGAGAACGGGAAUCGAAAGGAAGCCAGCAGGCCUGGGUUUGCCUUCUGCCAGCCCCUAGAACACGGCUCAGUGACCCCGGUGGAGAGAAAGUCAGAACCCACGGCCAAAUAUGUCUCCUACAAGGUCCAUUUUUCCUCAGUGCCUGAAAAUGAAGAUUCCUCCCUGAAGAAACAUGCCACGCCUCCCCAGGGCAACAGCCCAUAUCCCAGCGAGAGAAAGAACACCCACGGCAGCAGGGCGUGUUCGAACCCCCACGGCCUCUCAUCCCCUCAGGCCCAGGCCUUAAACGUGAGCGAUGACAGGAGGCCUUCCAGGCCCCCUCCGCCUUGGGAGGGCGACUUCCAGGAAGAUCACAACGCCAACCUCAGACAGAAACUCGAGAGGGAUGGCCAAGGCCAGAGCCUGUCAGGCAACUUCGGCAGGACCAAGUCGGCCUUCUCCUCUCUCCAGAAUAUCCCGGAGAGUCUAAAAAGACAAAAUAGCGCGGAGCUAGGAGGAGAAGCCCAGGAGGUGUACCCGGGGGGCAGGCCCACCUGUGCCCUCAACACCACGGUGGAGGACCCCGGGAGGAAAGCGGGGCCUGACAGCAGGGCCUACCUGGACAGGGCUCUUUCCUAUCCAAGGCCCGAGGGGACAGCGAAGGUCGCAGAAUCCUUGCACCCUGCAGACACGAGAUAUGAAGAGCCAACAGACCCGCCGCUGCACCACACACCCGGUGCUGGCCAGAGGAGACUCAGCACCAGCAGCGCCUCGGCCCUGCAGUACAGGAAGCCCCAGUGCUCCGUGCUGGAGAAGGUUUCCAAGAUAGAAGAGCGAGAGCAAGGGCGCCACCGACUCCCGAGUGUGGGCAGCUCCACUUAUGGCCUUAACUAUCGGCCCGGUAGGACGGGCCCAACCCCCAGUACUCCCGGUAGUGACUUCGAGGAUACAAAAGCCAGCAGCACCCGUGUCUCGGACUCCACUGAGCCCCUGCGCAACGGGGAGCAGAACCCCAAACCCGGGGAGUCUAAGCACGAAGAGGCUCCGCGGCAGCAGGGCGGCCCGCAGCCGAGGAGGGCUGCUGCGGAUGGCCGCGGGCCCCCCGCCCGAGGCAGCGAGCCCCCGAGGCCCGACGGCCGCCUGCUCCGCAGCCAGAGCACCUUCCAGCUCUACUGCGGCGACGAGGCGGAGAGAGAAUCGUCGUGGUCCGAGGACAGGCCCGGCACCCCGGAGUCGCCCCUGCUGGACGCGCCCUUCAGCCGCGCCUACAGGAACAGCAUCAAGGAUGCGCAGUCCCGCGUCCUGGGGGCCACCUCGUUUCGCCGCCGAGACCUGGAGCCGGCCACCCCGGCCACCUCGAGGCCCUGGCGCCCGCGACCCGCCUCUGCGCACGUGGGCAUGCGGAGCCCCGAGGCCACGGCGCCCACGGCCUCCCCGCACACCCCCCGGGAGCGACACAGCGUGACCCCGGCCGCACCCCAGGCCGCCCGCCGGGGUGGCGCCCGCCGGCGCCUCACGCCCGAGCAGAAAAAGCGCUCGUACUCGGAGCCCGAGAAGAUGAACGAGGUGGGGGUCUCAGAGGAGGCCGAGGCCGCGCCCCGCGGGCCCCCGAGGCCGGCGCCGCUGCGCUUCUCGGAGAGCACCGUGGCCGACCGGCGCCGCAUCUUCGAGCGCGACGGCAAAGCCUGCUCCACGCUCAGCCUGUCGGGCCCCGAGCUCAAGCAGUUCCAGCAGAGCGCCCUGGCCGACUACAUCCAGCGCAAGACCGGCAAGCGGCCGGCCUCCGCCGCCUGCCCCCUGGAGCCCGGGCCGCCGGAACGCGGCGCGCGCGGCCCCAGCCUGGCCUCCGCCUCCAGCCUGAGCUCGCUGCUGCGGGAGCCCGAGGCGCCGCCCCGCUGGGAGCACCCCCACCCGUCCGCCGCGGAGGCCCUGCAGGCGCCCCGAGAUCGCAGCAGCUCCUUCGCCAACGGACGCCUAGCUGGCGAGCGACGACGCUGGGACCCUCAGCCCCCCAGGCAGCCGCCCAGCGGGCCCACCUGUGCACCGAGGGGCGCCCAGAGAACGGACAGGAACCCCGACGGGCCGCCCCCCUGGGGCAUGGCGGCCGGGAAGGCGGGGAAGUCCAAGUCGGCCGAGGAUCUGCUGGAGCGCUCCGAUACCCUGGCGGUCCCCGUACACGUGCGGUCCAGGUCGUCUCCCACCUCAGACAAGAAAGGCCAGGAUGUGCCCCUGAGGGAACACGGUGGCUUUGGCUUUGUGAAGGAUCCAUGCUGUCUGCCUGGCCCUGGAUCUAGGUCUCUCAGUUGCUCAGACAGAGGCCAAAAAGAGCUGGCAUCGCCCCUACACCAUCCUGCCCCUUGCUGGAAUAGCUCAGGCUGCAAAGGCAACGUGGGUUCCUCAGCGCCUGUGGAAUGUUCCGGAGCCCCAGACCAUCCGAAGCAACCUAGAGCACCUUUCCCUAGGCCACUUCUGGUGGGAAUGCCAGGCCACUUCCCAGAUGCCAGAGCAUUCUCCGUGGCCCCCCUCAGCCCCCCUCUGCUGUCACCUGCCCCCUCCAGUUACCAUUCACAGCUUGCCAUCGAUGAGCAGACUGAGAGGAGUGGUCAGACGCGACAGCCUCUCCCAUCCCCCUCCUCUGCGGUGACCUACAGAAACAACAGCCACAGCCUGAGCCGGCCUCCCAGCCCGAGAUGCCACGAGGUCAGCAGCCCAGAACACGGGCUGGAAGAGGGAAUGUGGAAGAGGGCAUCCCUGCCCCAGCGACCCCCUCCACCCUGGGCGAAGUGGACCCACGCAGUCAGAGAGGACGGCCUUCCGGAGGAUGCCUCGUUGCCCGAGCUUGCCAACGCGAAGCACUACAAACACCAGAUGAGUCUUCAGAGUUCAUGCAGCACUUCCGACCCAGACACUCCAGGAAGGAUCUCCCUCCGAAUAUCCGAGUCAGCCCUGCAGACCUCCCCGCCGCCCCGGGGCGACUUCGAUGAUGACGUCUUCGUGAAGGACCUGCGCCCCAAGCUUACCUCCAGCCCCUCGUUUGACACUCUGCCCCCACCUCCACCACCGAGCCAGGAAACCCUAGCGAAUGGCUCAGAUGACUUUCCUCCACCUCCUCCCCCAGCCACGUGUGAGGCGUCGCCGGACAGUGAAGCUGACGAGGAGCCAGGCAGCAGCAGUUCCUGCAGACUUCCCAGGGUGACGGCCACCAGCGAAAGGCACACGCCUGGUGCAGCCACACCACCGCAGACUCCGCCCAAAGGUUCAGAGGCCGAGUCCAGCAUGCCCUGCCGCGAGAAUGCUCAACCUCAGCUCGCCAGUCCCCCUGGCAAGCAGCCCUCUCCCAGCCAGACCCGAAACCUCGCCCACGAACCCAUCAGCAGAACCCAGGACACAGGAGAGAAAAUCCACGCUGAGCCCCAGAAGACGUCGGAAGACAUCCGAACAGAGGCUCUUGCCAAGGAAAUUGUCCACCAAGACAAAUCUCUGGCAGACAUUUUGGACCCUGACUCCAGAAUGAAGACGACGAUGGAUCUGAUGGAGGGUUUGUUCCCCAGAGAUGCUAACGUGCUGAAGGAAAGCAGCUCCAAGAGGAAAGCCUUAGAAGUGACCACCAGACACCCUGGAUGUGAAGCCAAGACGAGCGAUGACAAGGAAGCCGUGGGCGCGCUGGUCCACUGCCCUGCCUACUACAGUGUGUCCGCCGCCAAGGCGGAGCUGCUGAACAAGAUCAAAGACAUGCCGGAGGAGGUGCCAGAGGAGGAGGAGCCAGAGGACGUCAACGAGAAGAAGGCUGAACUCAUCGGAAGCCUCACCCACAAGCUCGAGACCCUCCAGGAAGCGAAGGGGAGCCUGCUCAUGGACAUCAAGCUGAACAACGCCCUGGGAGAGGAGGUGGAGGCGCUGAUCAGCGAGCUCUGCAAGCCCAACGAGUUUGACAAGUACAAGAUGUUCAUAGGGGACUUGGAGAAGGUGGUCAACCUGCUGCUGUCCCUGUCCGGACGCCUCGCCCGGGUGGAAAAUGUCCUCAGUGGCCUUGGCGAAGACGCCAGCAAAGAGGAAAGGAGCUCUCUGAACGAGAAGAGGAAGGUCCUGGCUGGACAGCACGAGGACGCGCGGGAGCUCAAGGAGAACCUGGACCGGCGGGAGCGCGUGGUGCUGGCCAUCCUGGCCAACUACCUGUCGGCCGAGCAGCUACAGGACUACCAGCACUUCGUGAAGAUGAAGUCCACCCUCCUCAUUGAGCAGCGCAAGCUGGACGACAAGAUCAAGCUGGGCCAGGAGCAGGUCAAGUGCCUGCUGGAGUCGCUCCCGUCGGACUUCAGGCCCAAGGCUGGGGCCCUGCCCCUGCCCCCGGCCCUCACCAGCCACGGGACUCCUGGGGGCACCUCCGUACUCAGUGGCGUUCCCCCAACCUUGACCUCUCCGCUUUAACCCUCUCGAGAGACCCGACCAAAAGUCGCCACGCAUGACACUAUUUAAGCUGACUGAUGGUGAAUGGGGGCUUCCUGGUCAGGAGGAAACGGCUGUAUCCGGGGACCUUUCUUGCCUCGCACAGUGGUCUCCGAGCUCACCUGCUGCUGGACCCUUCCCCUGUAUCUACCUUGCCGCAGAAGGAAAGUCAAUGGCGCCGCGACCCUGACGGGAGGGCGUCUGAUGUGCAGGUUCGCACGGGCCGAAGCAGCGUGGACAAGCGUGUGCCACCCUCAGGAAAGUACCCACGGCGGCCUUCUGCACCGGAGGGCAGGGCACCCUGAUGGCGGGAUGCAAGGACCAGCCUGCGACACGAAGCCUUAAAAAGACGCACGCGUUAAGGAAACUGUAAAACGUUGCCCAUUUUUGUUAUUUAUAUUUUAAAGAUGAAAAGAUCAUUGUGUCUGUGUGCUAACCACUUACUUGAUUCUGUUCUGUGGUGGGUGUAGACGAUUACGCUGGAGCUUUGUAUUUUGUGAAAACCUUAAUGAAGAAUUCCAAAGACA